AUGGCAUCUGUGGCUUACUACGAACUCUACCGUGGGAGCAGCCUCGGGCUGUCUCUGACCGAUACUCUGGACGAUCUGAUCAACGAGGGCCGCAUUGAGCCCCAGCUGGCCAUGAAAAUCCUCUCCACCUUUGACCGCGUGGUCACUGAAGUCCUGGCCGACAAGGUUCGAGCCAGACUGACCUUCAAGGGUCACCUCGAUACCUACCGAUUCUGCGACGAAGUUUGGACGUUCCUGAUCAAGGACGUGACAUUCAAGCUGGACAAUCAGACCUCGGUCUCCGCGGACAGGGUCAAGAUCGUCAGCUGCAACAGCAAGCGUCCCGGCGAGGUAUAA